AAAAAGGAAAAACAUCCCCCCUAGCGGCGGCUCCAGCGGCUUUGGUGAAGCAGCAGGGCGCACAAGAGGCUGUGUUUGGAUUAGGGGGUUGGGCUGCCUGCUGGUAGGAAAACCUGCCGCCUGACAUCCAGUCUGUCUCCGGCGGUUCAGCGUCUCUUUUCCCGCAGCAUCAGCAGCAGCGACACCGCAGCGCAGCCUCCAGCUUCACCUGCUCCUCAUCUGCGCUCCCUCCGCCUCUGUCCAGACACAAACACUGCCGCAGCACGGAGGAAGCGCACGGACAAGGACGACCAGCUGAGCAGUCUGCAGGGAAAUAAGGGAAUAUAAAAGGACGAAGAUGGUGAAACUGGGGAGUAAUCUUCAAGACAAAGGGGCCAAACCUGUGAGCGUGGAGGACGGCUUUCAGAAUGUGCCACUCAUCACUCCGCUGGAUGUUGGCAGCCUCCAGAGCCAAGCACCUGACAAGGUGGUGGUGAAAACCCGCACGGAGUACCAGACAGAGAAGAAGCGGCUGAAGGUUCCUAAGGUGGAGGAGUUCACCAUCAGCUUCACUGACGGGGUGUCUGAGAGACUUAAGGUGACAAUUCUGAUCAUCCUGGCCUUGGCCUUCCUCGCCUGCAUCGUGUUCCUGGUGGUUUAUAAAGCCUUCACCUACGACCACGCCUGCCCAGAUGGAUUCAUUUAUAAGGUGAGACCCCACAAGCGGUGUAUCCCAGCCUCUCUGGAGGCCUACUACGCCGCCCAGGACGCCAACUCGAGGGGCCGCUUCUACACAGUGAUCAGCCACUACAGCAUGGCCAAGCAGACCACCUCGCACUCUGUCUCCCCCUGGCUCCCCGGAGGGACGGGAGGCCACGACGCUAAACCCCCGAGCGGCGAGGGCCACUGAGUUAAAGGAUGUAAACGCACACAUAGACACAUGCAGACAUGAAGACGUGCAUACAGACACAGGCAGAUAUAGACGCACAAACAUUUAGGUGAAUAUUUAGAACGAUAGCCAAAAGAGACACGUGUUACCACAGCAGCUACAUAUAUAAUAUAGAGUGAAAACAUGCAUGCAGACAUUAAAACAUACAAGCACAUGCUAGGUCAUAUUCUGAUUACCUUGUCUGCCCAUUUAUGUGCCCCGUCUCUUAUCGAGGGGCAUCUGAUGUUUGCUCUCUUGGGAUUAUCAUCGUCUGCAGAUACACUCACACACAGUCUGCUCACUCAUUACCAUGUCCCCCCCCUCUAAUUUAUUAUUCAUUGACUGUCAUGAUAUAUUUAUUUUUUACUGUACUGUAUGGAUGUUUUGUAUGUGAUUACCAGGUAACUCUUUGUACAAAGGCACGAGUCGAUGCUGAAUUUCACGCUUCCUCUUUGUGAGAUUCUCUGGAGUUUGGAGUCUUUUUUUUUUCCAAUUGUGUAUACUGUAGUUACUGUAAAUUCAUUCUCAGCCCCACUUUUUUUCCCCCUUUCUGGCCUUUAAUUUACCUCAGGCAUGCCUGGAAAACAAACACACACAGAUCACUUCAUAUUCAGACCCAAAAUGUCUCCUGCAGCACAUUUUGAAAUAGCUGGUCCGUCUGAGGCCGACUUCCACAUUUACUCUCAGUUGGCUGAAUGAAUUUCUCUGUCAUGGCUGUUUGAUAGCUAUAAAUACAAUGACAUUUUCAAUGUGCUGUGCCAUACAUUUGAAAUCCUACCCCCCCCCCCCCGUGACCCGAGCUGUACAUACAGUUGUGCAUUCAGGCUAGUUUUGUGUGUAUGCAUUGUAGUAGCUUUUGCUAGGACAUUUUUCUUUCUUCUUUUUUAAAAAAAAAAAAUAGAUCUACAAUUCCUUCAUGUGAGCUAAUUACAUAUUGCUUCAGCUGCCAGUCUUGUAGCUUCAUUAAACACAAUGUUACAGAAAGAGGAAAGGAGAUAUUGUGCAUAUCAGUGUCUUUUUGCCAAAACUCCAAUUUUCCGCUGUGUAUGUUCAUAGAUGGGCUUCAAAUGCGGCCGAGUUCUGUUCCUGUACUGUUAUUUUAUUCUAUUAUGUAUUUAUUUUACCCAAUUUUGUAACGUUGGAUCCGUUGUCAAGAGCGCUUUAAUGAGAUAUCGUGAUGUCGUUAGUUGAUAUGUAGCGAUACCUGGUGUAAUUUAUCAGUGUGCAUCCUUGUCCCUCCUCUCUUGGUUUGAAUUCAAAAUAAAAGAAGCUGUGACCUGU